GAAAGAAAGAAAGAAAUGGAGGAAAUAAGAUGGGAAGAAAGACACCAUGCCCUAACUCACAUCCUAACCCACCCUCCCACCACCACUCCGUCUCUCCACUCUCAAUUCUUCAUUUCCACCCAUAUCCCUUCUAAUUACCUCCUUUCCAAUUACCCUCCCAUCUACUCCCCUCCCUACCACCAAUUCCGGUGGGCUUUUCGUCUUUUCCUUAAAAGGGUGUCUAGAUUGGAAGGUUCUUGGAGGGCAAAGUGUCCUUAUCAACAACCUCCACCACUGGUGCUUGCUAAGGGCAUACACCCACCAAAAUGGAGCCAUGGAGAGAAGAGGGAGUAUGUGAAGAAGAGACUUGGAAGGAAAAGGUUAGGGAACCAUCUCAACCCUUGGAUUCCAAUCUUGUUGCCUAACCUUAUCUUGUUCUCUUUUUUACUUUGGGACCCUUUCCUAUCCCCCGGCCCCCAUCAUACUUAGAUUAGAUUCACCCCAAUUCUAUAUUUAUAUUUAUAAUUGUAUUAAUUACAUUUCUUUUUUUAUAAACUUAAUUAUAAUGAGUCAAGUUUUAAAUGUUACUGUUUUUAUUAAUGGUGGAAGAUUGAAAGUGUAUGCGUCAUGAUACGAAUCAAUCUUAAUUUAGUUUAUGCAUAUCUUGAUUUUAUUUUAUGUUGAUAGAGUAUUUUGUUUAAUGUUUCUUUUGAUUUGAAGUACACUUUAUAAUUGUUAUUCAUAUACAAUAAUAAGUUGUAAAAUUAAAUUUUAAAGAAAAUGUUUUACAAUAUUAUUGAAAAUACAACAUCAUGGGAUUAUGAAAUUUUAUAUUUUGUUUUGUUGUUUCUGUUUUUCGAUUUUAUUUUACAGAAAAAUCUAAAGAUGAGUUGGUUAUUAUUUCAUCUUAAUCUAUAUUUGUAUAUCAAAUUAAAGAUUAUAAAAUUUUGAUCUUUAUUAGUUUAAUUUAAGUUUUAUUAUAAUUUAGAUUUAAAAUAAAAAUAUUUUUCUAGUUUAAUUAU